UCAACAUAAAUGAAUUAAAGCUGUGGAGGUGUUUGUGGUCAUCGACAGCGAGCACGAUAUCUGGAAAAAAUUCAAACUGUCAAAUCGAAUCCGAAAACGUCAAAUUACAUAAUAUUAAAAAUGUCAGAUCCAACAAAACGACCUCUCCAAUUUCCCACGUGGCAUAUUCCAUAUCUCGAAAAGCACCGAAUAUAUGAGCUUUUUCAUGAACUCGCUCGGGAGUUGGUAAUCCAGAAACCUGAAGAUCAUGUACUUUUCACCAAACAAAUUAUCUCGAAUGCUGCCAAAAGCAGGGACGUCGCUAGAGUUAUAAUGUUGCCAUCGCCACACUGUUUUCAAAAAAACAAGUAUUCUGCAUUGAAUAUACUUCAUUGGAAAUAUGUAUUUUUCAUUACAGGAUGGAUAAUAGUGGAUUGCAUCCGCAAUGAAGAUGACGCUAAAAACUUACUUCAACUUGGCAUUAUACCUACACACACCAUCCACUUCAUAGCUCCAUUUCAUCCAAACUUGGCGGAUCUCUUGUACUGUAAAGUGCGACCAAAUUGGCCAGAAAUGAGAAGGAUCAUCAGUGGACUGAGAGAUAUUUUCAAAUCAUCUCUCAGAGAAGUCUAUUUGGAACAUCGGCAGGUACUUGAGGUUGCUGCAUCUUGCGUUGAACUUCUGAAAAUUCGCAAAACUCUGAAACCCAUUGUUCCAAGAGUAAUUAUAGUGGGACCUAGAGGGUCAGGUAGAAAAACUCAAGCUAAACUGAUUUCUUCCUCAUUGAAUAUCGUCCAUGUAGAUUUUGAGUAUUUGAUAUGUCAAUCAUGGAUAUCAUCUACGGAUAUUGGUGAAAAGCUAAGAAACUGCAGAAAUGAAGUUUGUUUCCACUCUGAACUCCUUUCCCAAGUUAUAAAUGAACGAAUCCUUCAAGAAGAUUGUCUCAGACGAGGCUGGGUUCUUACUGGUUAUCCUUACACUGACACCGAUUUCAAGUAGGUUUCAUUGAUAUCUUUUUCAUUUU